GUGUAGUUUUCAGUUUUUCAUCACAGUUUUUCAUUUUUUACACAGAAUUUUUGUAAAGUUUAGGGAUUUCAGUUUUCACAAAAUGAUGUAGCACAGCGAGGUGCGGUCAUAUUCAAUUUUAUAAUAAUUUAAAAAUCAUAAAUCCAUGUCUGCUAGCUAUUCGUGUGUUAAAAAAUUAUAAAUAUGAGAGACAAAUGGAACUUUAUUUUAUAUCUGGUUUGGUUUUCAUAUCUUAUUAUAUCUGCAGUGCUCAUGUUUGGUCAGGGUUUUCUUUUAUCUCGUAAAACUUUAAGCGAUGUAUCAGAAUGUGUACCCUUAAAGGGCUUCGGUUGUGAUGGGCAUGAGAAUUCGAGCGUUAAAACUCAAUGCACCGAAGAUGAUAAAAUUCGCCGAAUAUUGUCAAACUCCGGCUCACCUAUGAUCUGCGCUCCAAAGAAGAACAAAGUGGUGUUGAUUUUAGUGGACGCGUUAAGAUACGAUUUUACAGAGUACGAUGAGAGUAAUGCGAGCCCUCUGUAUUAUCAAAAUCGUCUGCCAGUGAUUCGAAGGAUGGUAGAGAAGUGGCCAAACCGCGCUCGUGUUUUCCGGUUUAUGGCUGAUCCACCAACGACCACACUUCAGCGGGUAAAGGCUCUCGUCACCGGCUCUCUGCCUACUUUCAUUGAUAUAAGCUCUAACUUUGCUGCAAUGGAAAUUCAAGAAGAUAACGUUAUUGAUCAGAUAGUGAAACAAGGUAACAAGGCAGUACUGCUGGGUGAUGACACGUGGGCCAGACUGAUGCCAGGCAGGUGGCAUCGCUCCCAUGCCUUAUAUUCAUUCCACACCUGGGAUCUUGACACAGUGGACAAUGAGGUGGACUCCAAAAUCUAUGAUGAACUAAAGAAGUCCGACUGGGACAUACUUCUGGCGCAUUAUCUAGGUGUUGAUCAUGCGGGACACAGAUAUGGACCAAACCACCCAGAGAUGGCUAGGAAACUAAAAGAAACAAACGACAGGCUGGAGAAAUUUCUUGGAAUCCUAGCUCCGGAUGUGUUACUUUACGUAAUAGGAGACCAUGGCAUGACUGAAACAGACUCACAAGAAGGGAAAAAGUCAGAUGGUGACCAUGGUGGAGAAAGCAAAGCCGAGCGUACAGCGGCGUUAUUCGCCUACAGUGGGUCAGGGUUCGCAGGGGACGAAUCCGACAGGCAAAUUGGCCGAGAAGUGCAACAGACCGAUCUGGCCGCUACAAUCAGUGCGGCAUUGGGGAGACCCCCGCCCGCGCCAUCACUAGGAAAUUUACUGUUACCUGUGUUACCUAAUAUGCCUGUAACGCAUACGUUAUUGCAUUUGAGUAAUAACUUAAAACAGGUAGCGCAGUAUUUAGUGCGAUAUGGAGAAGAAUCUCAACAGAUCUCAUUGGAGCGGCUGGCACAGUUAAUAAAUGCCACCAGAACACAGAUAGACCUAGCAGCUGGUGUGGAAAGUGAGGCAGAACUCAAGAUUUACACUACUGAAGUUAGGAACCUAAUGGAUAAAGUGCGAGGGGCAUUUCGCGAAGUUUGGGUUGAAUUCGACUCUUUAUCCAUGCUUAGGGCGCUUUUGCUGCUCCUUCUAGCAAUUUUCUUCAACUGGAUCAUCACUGAAGGCAUUCCUAUAGAACGCAUUCCGCACGUUUUCGCUAGCACCUUCGUCCCUAGUGGACUAGUAUCUAUGGCUGUCUGUAUAGGCGUUUGUUACACUGCAUACUACUUUGAAAUCUUGGAGCAUUUAGAGCACUCGAUAAUUUUAAGCACAGGUUUAGUGUCAGGGGCUAUUACGUGCGUAUUAGUUAUUAUGCACUGGGAUGGAAUAACGCAGAGGUGGUCGGAAGGACGUUCGCAGUUUUACGAGCGAUUCGCUCGGUCUGCCCUAUUUGCCUCAGCGGCGGUUUUAGUUUCGAAUAGUUACAUAAUAGAAGAAGGUGCAACGUUGUCGUAUCUUGCAUUAACGGUUUUAGGUUUGCUGGCUUGGAAUGUAGGGACGAUGAAGUCUUUGUUGCUAUGGGCUGGGUUUGGGGUUGUGAUGGUGUUAACUAGGUCGUAUAGAGGUUGUAGGGAGGAGCAAGGGGACUGUUGGACGGCUGGAGAAGGCAAUUCUACGGGUAAUGCGUCUCGAGCAGCUUUAGUACUAGCUUUAGGGUCUGUAGCAGCUGUAAUAGCGAUCGCAAGACGUCAUGUAGAAUGGAGGGGCUAUGGGGUAGUUAUAGCUGGUAUCUUCGCUUGCGCUCACUGGGCAGUAGGCUGGGGAUCUUUAGGCUCUCCAAGCAGAUCCAGAAUGUUGGCCAGAGGAGCUUGGUUGGUCAUUAUCGCCAUGUUUGUUCUCCUGUGGAGGAAGGACGGUAGGGGAGCGACUAUGCCGCUGGUUGUAUCGGGGCUACUGUUUUAUUUGGCCAAUGCACUGGUAUUGGGCGCAGCGUUUGCGCCAACAGCUGGCCUAGCACUCCUGUCGGGAUUCAUUGCGCUGAAUAUCGUCCCGUUGUUGAAGACUGAAGGCUCAACCAAGUUUUCUCUUACCAUGAGAUGCAGCUCAAGCCUGGCCUGCCUGUGGGCACUAUUGGCCUCGUACCAUUUCUACGGCACGGGCCACCAUGCGACGCUCAGCCACGUGCGCUGGGCCGCAGUGUUCCACGCCGGCGAUCCUAACUAUACAUCAUUUGGGACGCCUAUAUCAGUCGCGCUGAUGUUUAUCUAUUUGUUUGGAAUGCCUCUAAUGUUCGGCGCGACGGUGCCCCUGCUAGCGCUUUGGGGCCGCAACGGCGCCGCCUCACUCGGCCCCAGGACUCAGCUAGCAGCUGUCUUCUCUCUGUGUCUCAAGUUUGCCCUAUGCUUCGCUGUUAGAGUAUACGCCUGUGCAUUAUCAGCCACAAUCCACUGCCGUCACCUCAUGAUAUGGGGGGUAUUCACACCUAAGUUGUUAUUUGAAGUGGGGUCAUGUACUGCCGCGCUUUUAGGGGUCCUAAUAGGAGCUACCCUAACUGUAUGGCACAUACCCAACCAAGUACGAUCUAGUUGACACAAGUGAUUAUUACGAUUUGUGUUUGACCAUAGAGAAUUGAAGAUUUUAAAUCUUUCUAGUCACUGACCUCUACUGAUACAAGUACGCUGGACCUGCGAUUGCCGACCAGUUUUUGAAGAACUUGAUUUUGGUCGGAUAGCAGCAGUGACCGUCAUGCGAGUUUACCUACUCUGAACUAAAUGUUAGUGAUAAAUCUACAUGAAGACCAUUUCACAUAAAGUGCCAAUUUUAAUUUCCGGUACGCUCGGUUGGGCGUUGCGAAUCGGCACAACAACAACUGUCAUUUUGUAUGGCACACCUCUUCCAGCGUACUUGUAUAUGUCCAUUUCAGUGUUUCUAGUUCAGCGGUCAAGGAGUAGAUUGAAACAAAGUCAGAGCGGUUCAAACCUAAUCUGUUGCACUAUUGUCGUACCUACGACUUACUCCAAGCACAAGCUUUACGCUUAUUUGAAGGGAAAAUAGAAGUAUUAGUCAUGUUUAACAUGGCUUCACAAGUACAGGGCAAUGUUGUCCCAAUUAUUACGCUGGGUUAUUUAUCUAAUCUUUAAGUUAUUAGUUAAACCUUUUAGUCUUUUGCUGCGGUGUAUGUAUGACAUAUCACAAAAUGUGAGUUAAUUACUACCUCUGGUUUACACCAACAAACAAUAACAAUAUGAAAAAUAUUGUGUUUAACAAAACUUGUAAAAAUAUGUUAAAUGAUAGAUAUAUAUUGUCGUUCAUUGAGACAUAUUUUGUCUCUUUCUUGUGUUAACAGAUAACAGAGACAAUAUUACGUAGAAUUUUUUGUCCAAGUUCUGUGCUUAUCUGUCACAACUUGUUUAUGGUCUAAAAAAAUGGCAGCCAUAUUAUAUACAUACCUACACCUACAUUUAGAAUAUUAUGUUUUAUAUCAUGAUGUAGACCGGUCACAAACAAGUGUGACACUAGUAUAUAGUAAAUAAUAAUAGAGAUUGGGUUUCUGUCGCUUGGUAUAUUUAUUACAGAAUUUUGUCCUUUUCCAUCAAAAUAGUUUAGGCGUCAUGGAGGAACACACAGAAUCAAACAUACGUACAUAAAUACAUAAGACUUAAAAUCAUAACUUAUCCUUUUGGCUUUGCUGUAGUCAGAAAAACAAUGUUUGACUAUUAUUUCCUAACACGAAAGGAAAAAGACAAAAUAAUAUCUAAAAUAAAAGUUUGAAUUCAAUAAGUUUCUGACAAGUUUUAUUGAAAACAAGUAUCAAAACUUGUUUACUGAGUGUAAACUAGGGGUCAACCAUUUUUACAUUCGUUUUGAGUUUUGACUGAGGCUCUGCCCUGCCUUUAUUUAAAUAUUAAAUUUACGAUUAUGUAUUUACCAUUGCAAUGGCAUUUUACUGUUGUAUUUUAUGGGUUGUUAUUAUGAUUGAAUUUUAUAUUAUAGUUAAACUUUAAGCGAUUUAUGAUUAUGUAGUGCACGUUUGCAAAUUUAGAACUUUACACAUAAAUGUACAAUAUUGUCAUAUUGAUUUGAAAGGGCGCGUUCACACGAGCAACUUUUGACUCCGCAACCAUUUCGUCUCCUAUGUCAAGUCUAUGGCCAAAUGUCGGUUGGCAAAUAACUUGCACAAUUUCCUGCAGAGUUCAGCACAAGUAUUCUAAAAAUUAUUGUAUUGGCAAUUAAUUGUAUUCUAAACAUUUCUGUGAGGCAACUUGCCAGUAGGCACUUGCAAGAGACUGGACGGAACUGUUGUGAAGGCAAAAGUUGCUUGUGUGUGCAUGCCCUAGUUAUCGCAUUCAAAGACGCUUUUACACAUUGGCCUAAUACACAGCGAACAUGCACAGGGGCAUUUGCCGUACACUUGCUGCGCGCGGCUUGUUUUAGCCGGUUUUCUGUAGAUUUUCUUAUAAAAAUCUAAGGAUCUUAGCACAAUUUUGAAACAUUCUCUACACUUUGACAGGCAUAAGCUUUGUGCAUUGGGCCAUUGUGUAUUGAAUCCAUUAUUAGGCUUUUAUGCCAAUCAACACUGCCAUACUUAGGGCUUUUUCACAGUAUUAUACAGUUGUUAUAUAUAAUUUAUUAUAUAUAAAUAUAGUAUUUAUAAAGUUGUUAUGAUAAUAUGAAUGAUUUGUUACGAAUAAUUCAUCAUUAAGUAUUAUAAUUAGAUAAUUUUUACUUAUUAAUUAAUGGUACAAUGAAGAACAAGAUAAUAAAGACAAAGUCCAUAAUA